AUGCAGCCGGGCUCUCCCUGCAUCAACGGGGCCCCCCCAGGAAGCUGUGAGGGGCCCCCCGGCAGCAGCAGCAGCAGCAGCAGCUGCAGCAGCAGCAGCAGCAGCAGCGGCGGCGAAGGGCCCUCGGACGCUGCAGCGUGCGCGGCUGCAGCUGCGGACUCCCCAGCAGCAGCCGCUGCUGCUGCUGCUGGGGCAGCAGCAGCAGCAGCAGCAGCAGCAGCAGCAAAGACAGGAGGAGAUGGCGGAAGCACAGAGACAACAUCUCUCAGAGUUUCCCCAGAACAAAAAAGGUCAAGAGAGAGGGGCCCCCGGGCCUCGCUGUGGAGUCCGGGGGCCCCCCGGGGGCCCCGCCGGCGGUCACCCCACAGAAGGGGCCCCUCGGGGGGGAGACGAUCCCCGGGGAGACGAUCCCAGGGGAUCCGAUCCCAGGGGAUCCGAUCCCCAGAGCGGGGGGCGUACCGGCGGGGCUCUGGGGAUCGAUCCCCGCGGAGACGAUCCCCGCGGAGACGAUCCCAGGGGAGGCGAUCCCAGGAAAGACGAUCCCGGGGGAGGCGAUCCCAGGAAAGACGAUCCCAGGGGAGGCGAUCCCAGGAAAAGCGAUCCCAGGCGAGACGAUCCCAGGAAAGACGAUCCCAGGAGCGGCCCAAGCGAUCCCGCCACGGCUCUUCGCGGCAGGGGAAGGAAGGGAGACGAUCCCAGGAAAGGCGAUCCCAGGGGAGGCGAUCCCAGGAAAGACGAUCCCAGGAAAGACGAUCCCAGGAAAAACGAUCCCAGCGCCGCCAAGGCUCCCCCCCGGCCCGCCGCUCCCCCGGGAGACGUGUGGGGCCCCACAGGGGAUCGUCUCCCCAAAGACGAUCCCCGAAGUGGUCCCCUGUGGGGCCCCACAGGCCCGCCAAAAGAGGGUCUCUGCGCAGGUCGAGGUCUCGCGAGGGCCCCUGGGGGGCCCCCCGGGGGCCCCGCAGCUCCCCCAAGACCCGAUCCCCUGGGAGACGACCCCACAGACGAUCCCCAGGCGGCCCCACAAGGCGAUCCCGAUCCCGGGACAGGCCCAGGCCCAGAAGCCCCACAAGGCGAUCCCGAUCCAAGGGGACUCGGUCUCCGCGGAGGCGAUCCCCGGAUAGACGAUCCCCCGCCAGGCGCUCCGCAGCCCAGCAGCAGCAGCAGCAGCAGCAGCAGCAGCAGCAGCAGCAGCAGCAGCGGGGCAGCAAGGGGGGGCCCAGGAGCGGCCCCACACCUGCGCACGACGCCCCAGGGGGCCCCCAGGAGGGGCCCCCUUUGUGGAGCAGCAAGGAGGAAGCCAAGUCUGCGAGGUCACCUCCCCGAAAGGAGCAGCAGCAGCAGCAGCAGCAGCAGCAGCAGCAGCAGCAGUGGAGCUUCACAGAGUCAGCAGCAGCAGCAGCAGCAGCAAAUCUGGCGGCCUCGACUGGUGCAGUGUCCAAGUGCAGCAUUGGCGACGUCGCAGGCUAUGUGGCUCGCGAAGAAGGGGCAGCAGCAGCAACAACAGGAGCAGCAGCAGCAGCAGCAGCUGCUGCUGCUGCAGCUGCUGGAGCACCAGGCGCUACAGCAGCUCCCCUCAGCCAGUUCCUGAAUUACCCGGACAGACCGCCGGCUGCUGCUGCGACUCCUGCUGCUGCAGCAUCUGCUGCUGCAGCCUCUGCCGCCGCAACGCACGGUGGCAGCAGCGGGGCGUCUUCCAGUGCGUCAGCAGCAGCAGCAGCAGCAGCAGCAGCAGCAGCAGCAGCAGCAGAACGGACAGAAGCAGCAGAAAGACGCCGCGAGAGCAGCAGACAAAAUGACUUCAUCAAACAAAUGCUCAGAAGCACCAGCCUCCGCAGCCAGCUAGCGCUAGCUGGCUGCGAGGGGGCUUGGGGGACAUGGGACGACGAGGAGGACUUGGAGGACCCUGCAGCAGCAGCAGCAGCAGCAGCAGCAGCAACGGCAGCAGACGCAGCAGCAGCAGCAGCUUUCGAGGGGGAUCGCACGCUUCAAGAGAUCCUCAAGCUCUGCAGCCCCACGCAGCAAACCACGCCGCUGCCGGUCCCCCCUUUUUGCGAAGAAGCAGUGAAGGGCCAAGAGGGGGCAGCAGCAGGUGCUGCUGCUGCUGCUGCUGCUGCUGCUGCAGCAGAAGCAGGAGCAGUAGGGGCAGCUGCAGCAGGCACUGCUGCGGAUAGCUCGGCGGCAGCCACGCAGGGAGACACGCAGCCGCACUCUCAGAGCGCUGCAAGGGAUGCGUUGUUUGCUGCUGCUGCUGCUGCUUGCCGGCAGCUGCUCGCGGCGACCCCUGCAGCAGCAGCAGCAGCACCAUCUGCUGCUGUUGCUGCUGCUGGUGGAGCUGCUUCUCUAACAGCUAGAGGCAGAGUCCCCGCAAGCAGCAGCCAAGGGGCACCCGCAGCAGCUCCGGAGAGCAGCAGCAGCAGCAGCAGCAGCAGCAGCAGCAGCAGCAGCGGCCCCUGUGUGGCAGCGGCGCAGCACUCAGAAGAGGCGACGGAAGAAGCAGUAGUUGCUGUUGCCCGAGCUGCCCUAAACGGGGUCUUUGCCCCUCGCUUCAGGCUGAGUUCCCAGCAGCAGCAGCAGCAGCAGCAGCAGCAGCAGCAGCAGCAGCGGCAGCAGCAGGGCGGCGAGGACGGCAGCAUAAGCCUGCUGCAGUCCAUGCCGAGCACAGCGAACCUGCCGCUGUUCUGCGGCCCCAGCGAGCGCAGCAGCGCAGCAGCAGCAGCAGCAGCGAAAGCCGCAGCCGCAGCAGCAGGACCGAGAGCAGCAGCAGCAGCCGGCCCAACUGCAACGCCAGCGCCAGCACCAGCAGCAGCAGCAGCAGCAGCAGCAGCAGCAGCAGCGCGCCGCAGCAGCCCCGCGGAGGAAGCAGCAAACCCCCGAGCAGCAGGAGAAGCCCGCCUAGUCACUGGGGACUCGGGGGCCCCCGGGGUCUUUGUUGCUGCGCAUGCAUUUGAGUUGGGGGCCCCCUGUGGGGUUGUGGGGUGUCUGCAGAUACACCCCAGAGAGCCAGCCCUUGCUGCAGCAGCAGCGCUCUCCGGGGAGGUGCUGCUGCUCGACUUGGAGGGGCUGCGCAUCCGCUCCGCGCUGCUGCCCCGCAGCAGCAGCAGCAGCAGCAGCAGCAGCAGCAGCAGCAGCAGCUGCAGCAGCCUGGCCUGGCUCGAGGCCCAGGGCCUCGUUGCUGUUGGCAGCAGCAGCGGCUGCCUUCGCCUCCUCGACCCCAGAGUGGGCCAGGAGGUCCUUUCCUGGCAGGCGCAGAAGGGGCCUCUGGACUCCCUCAACGUCAUUGGCCCUUACGGUCAGCUGCUGCUGCUGCUGCUGCUGCUGCUGCUGCUGCUGCUGCUGCUGCUGCUGCUGCUGCUGCUGCUGCUGCUUGUGGUGCUGCUGCUGCUGCUUCUGGUGCUGCUGCUGCUGCUUCUGGCGCUGUUGCUGCUGUUGAUGCUGCCUUUAACUUUGCUGCUGGGGCUGUUGCUGCCGCUCCGUGCGUCGCUGCAGCUCCGCUGCUGCUGCUGCUACCCCCGUGCUGCUGCUGCUGCUGCUGCUGCUGCUGCUGCUGAGUGUCGCUGCGGACUUGUGCGUGGCUGCAGUGUGCGCCUCGGCCUCCUCGCGCGAAGCCUUUUUGAACUUCUGGGACUUGCGGCUGCCGCCCCGGGAUCGACUCGAUCCCAUCGAUCCCAACGAUCCCACGCAGCCCCAGGGCUGGUGGUGGGGGGGCCCCCCGGGGGCCCCCCGCAGGGUUUUGUCUUGCAUGCGUUUUGA